UUCAUAUUUUUUCCAAAAAGGGUCCCGUCCGGUUCGAUAAUGUCAGACUAGCUUUGUUUUGAUUGAGUUUAUUCUUGGAGGUGCAUUCGAGUUGCGGUAGGUCAGGGAAUUAGCUGGCCGUGACGCUGCCAUCCGCACGCCACAGACUACCUUCGAAGACUAGCAGCAACCGAAUUGACGGUGCCAGGAGCCGAUACCACAAGAGGAGGAGGACGACUGCAUUAUCAAGGAUAUCAUACGAUACAACCAUCUGUACCUACACAGAGGAAGGUUGGCAGCGAUAUCAAUAUAUCCUCGAAAGUAGAGCAUAACCUCUCUCCGCCCGCGUAUAGGACUCCAGGAGGACCGUACAGGUUGCAUAUACAUAACCAAACUUAUAAACUGCUAGCAGUGUAGUUACUGGUGUGCGUGGACGUAGAAAAACUUGAAAUUGGAAAACGCUAAACAAAAAAAUUUGGAGCUAUAUAUUAUCAGCAAGAAGAUUGUGAUCGCUACGCGUUUUCGAAACGAAACGUAAUUUCGAGUGGGGACUAAUAUCACAGUGACGUCGCGGCCAUUGUAAACCAUCCGGUACGGUAUACACACACACACACGCACGGGCGCACCUGCCCGCGAAAAAAGUUGAGAGUCGCGGUCGCGGUAUAAAAGAGCGCGGCGGACAGCGCCGACGUUUAGUACAGUAGAAAGCUAGGUCACCAGACGUUCGAGUCGUGGCAGUAGCGCAUCCACGUGUUCCUUGUGACCCAAUUCCUCCGACCACCAUACAUACACACAGAUAUAAACACGAAGAUAACUCGCGCGCUGGUUAAGAACUGGAACUGGACUCUCUUCCCGACGGGUUUUUGGGAACGCGGUGGCAAUGCGUGUGAUCAUCGCACGGAUUUGCGUGUAAAGGACUUUUGCUGUACGAACGACCAACCAUAACAACUCUAAUAACAUCUUUGAAACUGAAGAAUUGAACAACUUUUUUCGACGAUUGAAUUUCCAGUUGGAGACGUAACGAUUCAGUGAUAUUUAUUUGAUAUAUAAUUUUUGGGAUUUUGUAAGCGUGGCGAAAAAUUACAAAUUGUGAUACUAGACUUAAGAAAAUCGUUGUUUGUUUUGGAAUCGGUUACGCGGUUUUGAGUCGUCGGCUUUUUUCGCGCUGGGAGGAAGAGAUUUUACUUGCAGAGCUUGCGAAGAAAGUUGAAGACUUUGGCAUUUACACCAGAUAUUGUUCCAGAAUGCCUGAACCACUAGAGGAAAUUAGCGCGGCAAUGGAGGCGGUGGUGAUUAUGGAAGAAAAGCGCGAUAGCUACUCGCCGCCACCACCGAAAUGCCUUGAAACACGCGACAGUAUUUCUAGCAUCGAUAGCGACGUCUCGUUAUCAUUUGAUAAUAAAAAGAAGUUGGGCGUUGAGAAUGAAAAGGAUGAAGAUGAAGGUGCGCACAUGGCUGAUCUGAGUGACAGUGCCUCUGACACUGGUUCGAGUGGCGGCGGUAAAGAUUCUGGUUGUGAAGUGACGCCCGAAGUGUCGGAGCAGCUCUUCACGCCGCCGUCGGAGGAGCUGGCUGACAAGAUUGUCCAGCAGGUGGAGUUUUACUUCUCUGAUGCUAACAUCACCAAAGACGCGUUUCUGCUCAAGCACGUCAAGCGCAACAAGGAGGGUUACGUCUCCCUGAAAUUGAUCUCCAGCUUUAAGCGCGUCAAGCACAUCACCAAGGACUGGCGCGUUGUGGCGCAUGCUCUUGAAAGAUCUACUAAAUUGGAGAUCAAUGAAGCUGGUACUAAGUUGCGUAGACUUGAUCCGCUCCCGCAAUAUGACGAGACAACCCCAUCACGUACAGUGGUAGCCAUUAAUUUACCAAUUGAAAAACCAACUAUAGAAAAUGUUGCUGAGCUCUUCCGCGCUUGCGGUGAAAUUUCGCUCAUUAGGAUUCUAAGACCCGGCAAUCCGAUACCCGCAGAUGUGAGGCAGUUUAUCAACAAGAACCCUUCCUUGGCGGGUGUCGUAACUGCCCUCGUUGAAUUUGUCAACUCUGAAAGCGCACGUGCUGCUCAACAACUGAAUACCACCUACGAACAACUAAAGGUUUACGAGCUGAACGCCGUUCCGCAUCCCGAGCGCAAGAAGAAGACGCAAGCGAAGAAAGCUCGUAAUUACGCGCCCACUGAUACCGAAUGCUCCACGUGUCCCAGCAGCUCGGAGGCAGAGGAUAAGCUGAGGGCGGAUCCGCGCAUGCGGAUGCGUCGCGGCUCCUCCAACUACCCACCCAAGUGUACCGAACCAGUGGCAUGGCUCCAACGCCGUCUGUCCGCCUCCAGCACCGAGGCUAACUUUAUGUUUAUGCCGCGCCGCCUCUCAUACGGCAGCCGUGACUCGAGUGAGUCUAGCCUGUUUAUUCCACGUCGUGUGAGCAACAGCUCGACAAGUUCGGCGGCGUCUUCAAUUAGCGGUUGCGGCGUUUUGGGCGCUAUUCCACCGGCGCUCGCCGCCGCCGGCCAGCAAUACCAACAGUACGUCCCGCGACGCUUGUCGACCAGCAGCGUCGCGUCGGACGUCAGUUCCCCGCGGUCCCGCAGCAACAGUAUGGCGUUCCAGAACGAGAACGUGGUGCGUAUGCCGAAGGGCCCCGAUGGCUCCAAGGGGUUCCGUCAGCAUCGCCCUUCGCUGGGGACGAUCUACUCGUAAGCGAAUCGCAUAUCCACUGAAUAUUAUUCACUCACGAGAUUGGAAUGAUCGGAAGUCUGACACGGUCGAAAUGAUUUCUCUCGUGGCGUUUUUUUCCGUUCUUUUUUCUUUUCGUUUGCUCAUUUUUCUUAUUUCUUACAACCGAACAACGGGUACGAUCCGAACCCUUCAAAGUUAAAUCUUCGCGAACCAUUCAAUAAACUGAUAAAUUACAUUUUGACCUCAAUUCUGUUGUUUGCGACUUUUUUCAAGAUACGCGGCGUCUUUGUUUCGCGCAUGGUUUAGAAGUAACUUUCACCUUGAAAAAUUUAACAAGUUGCUAUAACCCGAGCGUCAAUAUGUUAAUUUGUAUAUCUAAAGCAGUGCGUGCGUGCUGGAUCGAAAGAAGCGCGCGCGUUUAUACACCUAAUGAAUGAAUUUCAUGGAAAACUAAAUAAUUAGAAAGCAUGAAGGGAAAUUUCCAACGCAUACUGUCGAUGCAGGCUGCUUAUUUAAAUCUUAUUAUGCAUGGCUUCAAUUAAGUAUAAAACUCUCCGUCCAGUAGGCUUAGAUUAUCUCAACAUUCCCUCAAAAGUUGCCUUAAUGUUAUCAUUUUCUCUUAUUUAUUAUUUAAAUCAUUCAUUUUAGUUUAAUUAUUCUUGACUAAUUGUUUACAUGAUCAUUAUUAUGAUCAAAUGUUUAUAAAUACGUAAACGGUACUCUUUACGUGACACUCGCGUUCUCUAACACUUAUUUAAUUUAUUUAUGAUCCCAACGUUUUAAAAUUAACUUAAAUAUUACGAUAUUUUAUGUUUUAAUGUGUAUCUCUUUGUAAACUCCUUCAAUUCCUAAUGUAAGUGAUAAGCCGCAAAUAUGUGUGGAAGGAUUCUUAUUUAUUUUACAAUUUUAUAAUUGACGAUGGAAUAUUGCGAGGUGGUGCGUUUGAUAUUUCGAAAUUUGUUGAUGUUUUUUUUUAGUUAUGUUGUGUUUAAAAAUGAUAAAAGUAAACGUGGUAAUAACAUGUUAUUGCUUCAAAUGUUAUGAUAAAAUACAAGAAAUGCAAAAUAAAAAAUAAAUAAAAUGUU